AUGGGGUCUCUAGGAGAACAGCCACAAGUAGCAGAAGACUGCAUGGGCUUGCUUCAACUCCUAAGCGACGGCACCGUUUUAAGAUCCAAGAGCAUUGACCUUAUCACUCAACAAAUCCCACUCGUUAACCACAAAAGUACUGUUCUCUUCAAAGACUCAAUCUAUCACAAACCAAACAACCUUCAACUCCGUCUCUACAAACCCGUUUCCGCCUCUAACCCUACCGCCACCGCCCUCCUCCCCGUCGUGGUCUUCUUCCACGGUGGUGGCUUUUGCUUUGGCUCACGCACUUGGCCUCACUUUCACAACUUCUGUCUUACUCUUGCAUCCUCCCUCCACGCCCUUGUGGUCGCACCUGACUACCGUUUAGCACCAGAACACCGCCUCCCCGCAGCCUUUGAGGAUGCGGAGGCAGCACUUAUGUGGCUCCGGGACCAGGCUGUUUCCGGUGAAGGGGACCACUGGUUUGAAGGUGGACCGGGAGUUGAUUUUGACCGGGUUUAUGUCAUUGGUGAUUCUUCUGGUGGGAACAUAGCUCAUCACCUUGCUUUCCGGUUCGGUUCAGGUUCGACCGAGUUGAGUCCGGUUAGGGUUCGUGGUUACGUUCUUUUGGGACCGUUUUUUGGAGGGGUGGAGAGGACAAAGUCCGAGGAUGGCCCGUCGGAAGCUUUGCUUAGCUUGGAUUUGCUUGACAAGUUUUGGAGACUUUCACUACCAGAAGGUGCAACAAGGGAUCAUCCCAUGGCUAACCCUUUUGGGCCGACAAGUCCUGCACUCGAACCAGUUAGCAUAGAGCCAAUGUUGGUGAUCGCCGGUGGCUCAGAACUCCUAAGAGAUAGGGCCAAAGAGUAUGCAUAUAAAUUGAAGAAGAUGGAAGGGAAAAAAGUAGAUUACAUUGAAUUUGAAAGCGAGGAACACGGUUUCUUCAGCAGCAAUCCAUCUUCUGAUGCUACGAAACAGCUUCUUCGUAUUAUUGGAGACUUUAUAGACAACUUUAAUUUCUAGUAUAUUUUACCAUUUUGCUUGUUGUAGGCCACUGAGAAUUUACAUCAAUUUGGAUUCCAUCUCAAUAAGUUUCAUUGGUGAAUCAUAAUAUAUAUAUAUAUAUAUAGAGAGAGAGAGAGAG